AUGCUAUGGGCAUUGGUGUCGAUUUUUGUGGAAACCAGUGAUGACUUACGAUCUUAUCUGUUCCGAUACACACAGUCAGUUGAUGUAAAAGGAAAUAAAAAGAUCGGUGCUUCCAUCGACACCGUGAAUCGCUCCAUGGAAUUGGUCGCAAAACAUGGUCCAAGGAAAUAUCUUCCACCAGAUAACGCAUUAAAAUUGCUCGUGGCCGGAGAUUUGCAUCAUCGGCAACAAGUAAAUCUACCGAAUAAAACAUGUUUAUUAGCCACUGUUGGGCAAUUAUCGCUUGUUCGUGAUGCUAUCCGGGGACUUGUGGACCAGCUGAACCCACAUACAAGCAAAAUAUCUAGAGAUUUCUCGCUAUAUCUGGCUCCGAUUUCGAGCAAUGCAGCGACCUAUGAAGACAAACCUUUAAUUCCACUGAACAUGGACGAUUAUCUCUUGGACUUUCCCGUCUACGAUCAAACUUACGCAUUAUACUUCCGUCGCUUGUGUUGGACUGUGAAAAUGGAUUACAAUCAGAUAGCGAAAACUAUGCUGAACUCUUUAUUUGAUCAGGUCUCGGAAGAAUACCUCAGUGGUUAUUGGUUACCACAAGCAAAUCCGGGAUCAGCCGAUAAACUGAACAAUGAAUGUGCAUCGAUCUCUUGUUUGUUAUACCAAGGCCGAGAUGAAACUGGACCGAUAAACAGUUCUGCGGCAUUCGCGUUGAUGCCAAAAACUUUGGAAGCAGACGCAGACCGCUGGCGUAUCAAGAUGAACGAAUCUCUGACCGUGUUAAAAUGCAGUUCCGCAUCUGAAGCACGUUCAAACUUCCUGAGUAAGUUUGGAUUUUGA